CACCCCACCACGUUCUCUUUCAUCACUCACUUUCGAAUGUAAAACCAAACGACAACCACCGCGAUGUCGUCGCCAGUUCCAGACAAUGUCUUCGUCUCCCAACUCUCCCGAUUCGUCCUCUCCUGGGACGGCGCCGUUCUGGGCGUCUCCCUAGCUUGCGCCGCCGUGCACUCCGUCCUCAAUUUCACCUCCACCUCCUCAUCCCUAAGCAAGCUCCGUGAUGCCCCCGCCGUCAAAGUCUCCGAUCUCCGCUCAAUCCUCCCCCUCGAUCAAUCCGACAAGCUCGUCGUUGUACGCGGCACCGUCGAAGCCAAGUCCGCCGUCGACGGCACGUGGACGGGCCUCCAGUCCGGCGUACUCGUCUCUAAAGAAACAAAUCACAGAGCCGUCAUCGUUGACAGUACCAAAACGUGUAUAGUUCAGGAGUGGAAGGGCUUAAUCGGAUGGUCGUCUGAUUUGAGAGCGAUAAUUUGGAGGUAUUGGAGAGAGCACGAAUCGAAUUUGGUCAGAAAGGUUCCUUUCGUUCUUGUUGAUGGUGAUCAAUGGCCGAUUCGGGAUAUUGUGGUUGUGAAUGUGGAAGGAUCAAGGCAUCCUUUACCUCUUACGAUAGCUUAUCAUCAUUUGCAACCUGUACAUGCUUCUCCCUAUUCUUUCUUGGAAGCACUUUUUGGCACUAACUACCCUGUUGCUUUCCUCAAUGUUGAGAAGAUUCUUCCGGUGGGAAAGGAGAUUAGUGCUGUAGGUCUCUGCAGUUUGAGAAAUGGAGUCCCGGAAAUCAAGUCCUGCAAGGAUCUUCCCUAUUUUCUCUCUGAGAUGUCUAAGGACGAGAUGGUUGCAGAUCUUGCAUCACGUGCAAGAAUGCUGUUCUGGGUUGGGAUUGUUCUUGGUUCAAUGUCAAUUGGAGUCCUUGGCUAUGCUGUUGUGAGGAAUUGGAAUAGAUGGAAAGUGGAGAGGCAACAACGGCAGUUACAGCAAUCAAGCCGGGAUGCUGACAGCAAUGCGGAAGCUCAAAUUGAAGACGAGGAUGCAGGAGAUGUUCCAGAGGGGCAGUUUUGUGUCAUAUGUCUGACGAGGAGAAGGCGGUCAGCAUUCAUUCCUUGCGGGCAUCGAGUUUGUUGCCACCCCUGCAGCAUAUCAAUCGAACGGGACAUAGCACCGAAGUGUCCUGUUUGUCGGCAGGAGAUCCGCACUUCACUGCGAAUAUAUGAUUCUUAACAUGUCUAGUAUUUUGGAGAAACUGUGGCAUGUUCGGUGUAUAUAAAAGUUGGAAGUAGAUUCAUCUCGUAUGUACUUGUGAAGCCUUAUGCGAAGCGUAAGCCAAUUUCGUUAUUGGUAAUUUCGGGCCACAUAGCAAA